CAGGGAUUUCAGACAGACGAACUGCAAGAAGGAAAAAGAGUGUCAUGCCAGAAGGGUAAAAGCUGUGAGGUGGGCGAUUUCUCUUUCUCGGGCUGACUGACUUAUUGAUCUGCAGUGAUCAGGCAUCCGACUCAUCUGCAGAUUUUCACUAGUCCAUGCGCCAAUGCAACGUGAUUUUCAAUCAACAGCACAUGUUGAAUUUGAGUUGCAAAUCGUUGCGUUUGUAAUCGAAUCUUGACUUUGAAAACAUUUGCCUACAAACCAACAGACUACAAUGUCGCACGUUGAUUCAGGGCCGAAAAAUGACUCGGACUCGGAACAGAAGACUGAACCAGCCCGGGAUAGUUCAUCGGGAGAAAUGGACGUCCCUAAAACGAAAUUACUGGACGCCAAGGCAAUCUUAUGGACUUUCGGCAAAUGUCUCACUGCCAUGUUGCCUGUUUACCUGGCUGGUUACUAUCGCAUGAGCACUAGUUUGGUGGUGUUUGGGAUGAUGGUUUACGCAGGAUGGAAACAUUCUCGUGAGGCGAAGGAGGCGAGACUGAGGUCCGCUAUACAGUUACUCAACGACGAGCAAGAAUACAUAUCCUCCAAAUCAUUUAGAAGUCGUGGAGACCUGCCUUCUUGGGUCAACUUCCCAGAUGUGGAGAAGGUUGAAUGGCUAAACAAGGUUAUCCAUCAGGCCUGGCCGUAUAUUGGUCAGUAUUUGGAGAAGCUGCUUACGGAAACCAUUGCUCCAUCCAUCCGCGGCUCCAGCACUCAUCUACAGACUCUCAGCUUCACCAAGAUAGACUUUGGUGGCAAGCCGAUGAAGGUGGUUGGAGUGAAGGCUCAUUCAGAAAAUGAAAAAGGUCAAAUUCUGCUUGACGUUUACAUCAGUUACGUGGGGGAUGUCGAGAUAAACGUGGAGGUGAAGAGGUAUUUCUGCAAGGCUGGUGUGAAGGGAAUACAGCUUCAUGGAAUGAUGCGUGUGAUUUUGGAGCCAUUGAUCGGUGACGUCCCAAUCGUGGGUGCUGUGACCAUGUUCUUCAUCCAAAGACCCAAACUGACCAUUAACUGGACCGGUUUGACCAACCUGCUGGACAUCCCAGGGGUCAAUAUGAUGUCAGACACUAUGAUCAUGGACGCGAUUGCCUCGUUCUUGGUUUUGCCCAAUCGUCUCACUGUUCCUCUGGUGGCAGACCUGCAUGUGGCACAGUUGAGGAGCCCCCUGCCCAGGGGAGUUGUGCGUAUUCACCUGGUAGAGGCUGACAGUCUGGCUGCGAAGGACACUAUUGUGUCUGGUGUGUCUGACCCGUACGCCCUGCUCAGAGUCGGGCCGCAAACCUUCAAAUCCCAGCAUCUGGACAAUACACUCAAUCCCAAAUGGGGUGAAAUGUAUGAGGUCAUCGUUCAUGAGGUGCCUGGUCAGGAGCUAGAGGUGGAAGUGUUUGAUAAAGAUCCUAAUCAAGAUGAUUUCCUGGGCAGGACAAAAUUAGACUUGGGGAUUGUGAAGAAAUUUAAAAUAGUUGAUGAGUGGUUCACUUUGAAGGACACCCCUACCGGGCGGGUUCACCUCAGACUGGAGUGGCUGACACUAGAAGCCGACACAGGAAGACUGAAAGAGGUUCUGAAGAGAAAUGAAAGUGUGGUGAGUAAAACAGCAAAGCCACCCUCAGCAGCCAUCAUGGCAUUGUAUUUGGACAAGGCUGAGGCACUUCCUAUGAAAAAAGGUAAUAAGGAUCCCAACCCAAUUGCUCAAAUCUCAGUGCAGGAUGUUACUCGUGACAGCCGGAUUUGCUGGAAUACCGUGAACCCUCAGUGGGAGGACGCGUUCACUUUUUUCAUCAGAGACCCAAGCAAAGAGAACAUAAGUGUACAGGUGAAGGAUAAUGACCGUGUUCAGGUUUUGGGAAGUCUGUCUAUUCCUGUUUCCAAUCUCCUCUCAAGUCCAGAUCUGACUUUAGAUCAGUGGUUUAAUCUUGAGAAUUCUGGCUCAGAGAGCCGCAUCCACAUCAACACAGUUCUUAGGGUUCUCUGUUUGGAUGAAGCUGCAGUAACGUCCUCCCUCCUUUCCAGUGGCCCUCUUUCGAAGAGCUCUGCCUCGCGUCCACAGAAGUCGACGCCCCAUUCCAGCUUCGCUACUGAGGGGCUGCUGCGGAUCCACCUCGUGGAGGCUCAAAAUCUGGUUGCGAAGGACAACAUGAUGGGUGGGAUGGUGAAGGGAAAGAGCGAUCCGUAUGUCAAGAUACAAAUUGGAGGUGAAACCUUUAAAAGUCAAGUGAUCAAGGAGAAUCUCAACCCCACCUGGAAUGAGAUGUAUGAGGUGGUUUUGACGCAGCUUCCUGGUCAGGAUUUGACAUUGGAAGUUUUUGAUAAGGACAUGGACAUGAAAGAUGACUUUAUGGGCAGGCUGAAGAUGAAUCUGAGUGACAUAAUCAGCUCCCAAUACAUUAAUGAGUGGUUUUCUCUGAGUGAUGUGAAGCGUGGCCGUGUUCAUCUCGGUCUGGAAUGGCUUCCCACUGUAACACAACCAGAGAAACUCCAGCAGGUGUUGCUGUACCAAUCAAAGACCUCAUACAUGAAUAAGACAGUGCCGACUGCCGCUCUUCUGUUUGUGUAUGUGGAGCGCGCACAUGAGCUUCCUUUGAAGAAGAGUGGGAAGGAACCUAAAGUUGGAGCGGAGCUGAUUUUGAGAGGAACUUCUCAUAAAACCACGGUCUGUGACCGCAACAGCUCUCCCCAAUGGGACGAAGCGUUUCACUUCCUGGUUCGAAACCCUUUUAAUGAAGACCUUGUUGUGAAGUUAUCCCACAAUUGGGAUUUCUCUCUGGGAUCUGUGGUGAUUCCCAUUAAAGAGCUUCUCUCUGAACCAGAUCUGCUGUUGGACCAGUGGCUCAAUCUGGAUGGAGCGUCACCUCAGAGUCAGAUUCUGCUCAGAGCUCAACUGAAGAUUCUUUGCCCUAAAGCAUCGGAGAGCUCUGAUAACCAGCAUGAGGAGCUGAAACGUCCUGAAGCAUCCAGCAUUAGAAGAAAACGAGAGGAGGAAUUAGUGCAAAAGUCUAGUAUUGAAGAGGUCCCACCGUCUCCUGUCAGCAGGACUUCCUCUGUGUCAGUCCCAGAAGAGGAGGAAUUCCCAGAGGUCACGGAAGUGUCCAGCUCAGAUGACCUUCGACCCCUACACACCAGCCCUGACCCCGGCUUUGGUACCGAGGGCGUGCUCCGCCUCUACCUGCUGGAGGCUCAAGAUCUGGUUGCAAAGGACAACAUGAUGGGUGGGAUGAUGAAGGGGAAGAGCGACCCGUAUGUCAAGAUCCAUAUCGGGGACACGACCUUUAAGAGUCUUGUGAUCAAGGAGAAUCUCAAUCCCACCUGGAAUGAGAUGUAUGAGCUGUUUCUGGGCUCCAGCACGACUUCUGAUGUCCUUGUAGAGGUUUUUGACAAGGACAUGGACAAAGACGACUUUUUGGGGAGGCUGAAGAUCAGCUUACAGGAGAUCAUUCAGUCCCAGUUGACUGAUGAAUGGUUUUCUCUGAGUGAUGUCAAACAUGGCCGUGUUCAUAUGAUUCUGGAGUGGCUGCCCACAGUAACACAACCCGACCGACUGCAAAAGGCUCUGCAGUUACAGUCAGAACAUUCAUUCCAGAACAAAUCCGUGCCGUCGGCAGCUCUGUUCUACGUCCUCUUGGAGAGAGCUCAUGACCUGCCGCUGAAGAAGAGUGGAAAGGAACCUAAAGCUGCUGCAGAGCUGAUUUUCGGUGACAUUUCUCAUAAAACCAAGGUGUGUGACCGCGCCACGUCUCCUCAGUGGAGUGAAGAUUUUAACUUCCUGGUCCACAACCCAAGAGAGGAGAUUCUUAUUAUAAAGCUUUCAAGUGCCUUUGAGCAGCCCUUGGGCUGUGUGGUUCUACCAAUCAGAGAGUUGCUUUCAAAACCAGAUCUACUGGUGGACCAAUGGUUGAGUUUGGAUGGAGCCAGUCCUGGCAGUCAAAUUCUGCUGAGAGCACAACUUAAGAUUUUGGACUCGAGAAUGGAUUCAAGUGUCCUUCAUCGUAAAAAGCCUGUUGUCCAAGAACAGCAUUCAGUGGGUGAACAGCAUGUAGAAAAAGCACCAGUCACUGCUGAACAUUCACAAGCUGCAGUCAGUAAGGAGUCUGAGAGGAAGAAGCUGCCAGCUAAAGGGAUCAGUAACCUAGCAGCCUUUACUCUACCAGUACCUACACCACGGCCUGAAGAACCUCAGAAACAAACAGCCGCCCAUGUCAUGGAUGAGCAUCACACGCCGUCUGCACCAAAAACACAGAUAACUGAGGAUCUCAGCAAACUUCCUGAUUCCACUUCUAAUGUGGCUGGAUAUAUGGAACCAGUAAAAACAUUUGGAUCAUCCCAUGAAGAGCAACAACAUGUGGAUAAACCAGGAGAACAGUCUCACAAGAAGGUUUCUCCCAGUGUUUCUGCAGAAGAGUCUAAAGUCUCUAGUUCAACAGACGUACGACCCCAGAAGACUAGCCAUGACCCCAGCUUUGGCACCAAGGGGGUGCUGCGUAUCCAUCUUCUGGAGGCUCAAGAUCUGGUUGCAAAGGACAACAUGAUGGGUGGGAUGGUGAAGGGGAAGAGUGACCCGUAUGUCAAGAUCCAUAUCGGUGAAACAACCUUUAAGAGUCAUGUGAUCAAGGAGAACCUCAAUCCCACCUGGAAUGAGAUGUAUGAGGUGAUUCUGAGUCCUGAUCAUAAUCUAGAUGUGAAGUUUGAGGUCUAUGACAAGGAUGUUGACUCUGAUGAUUUCCUUGGAAGGUUCAAGCUCAAACUUGGAGGCAUCAUCAGGUCCCAGUACAAUGAUGAAUGGUUUACUUUGAAUGAUAUAAAACACGGUCGAGUCCAUUUGGUUCUGGAAUGGCUGCCCACCGCAACACAGCGGGAUAGAUUGGAACAAGUAAUGCAGAUGCAAAGCACUCAGUCCUACCAGAACAAAUCUGUGCCGUCAGCAGCGAUGCUGUUUAUUCUUUUAGACAGAGCUCAUGAACUGCCUUUGAAGAAAAGCGGAAAGGAACCCAAAGCUGCCGCUGAACUUGUACUUGGAGGAACAUCGUACAAAACCAAGGUGUGUGAUCGUUCAACCUCUCCUCACUGGAAUGAAGCUUUUGACUUUCUGGUUCAUGAUCCCAAAAAGGACAUACUUGUCAUUAAGUUCUCAAGUGCCUUUGAUCAACCCACCGGCUCGUUGAUUCUACCAAUCAGAGAGCUGCUUUCAAAAGCAGAUCUACUGAUGGACCAAUGGCUGGAUCUGGAUGGAGCUUUACCACAGAGCCAGGUUCUACUCAGGGCACAGCUGAAGAUUUUGGAUUCAAAAAUGGCGGCCUUAGUAGCCAUGGGUUCAGGUCCAGUUUUGAGUAAUAAGCAGACGGCCACCACUGGACAGAUCAAAAUCUCCCUGUCCUUCCAGAAACAGCUCACAGUGACCGUCCAUGCAUGCAGGGGUCUGGUUACAUCAUCUAAGGACAGUUUAGACACCUACGUCUCCCUCAUUCUGCUGCCGGAUAAAAGCAAGGCCACGAAAAGAAAGACGAGUGUGAAGAAGAAAAGCCUGAACCCAGAGUUCAAUGAAAGGUUUGAAUUUGAUAUGAGUGCAGAGGAGGCUCAGAGACGAGAGCUCAGCGUGUGUGUGAAAAACGCAUCCUCGUCCUUCAUGAAUCGAGACAAAGAUGUGAUCGGCCAGGUGCAGAUAGACCUGGGACACGUUGACUUUCUCUCCGGAGUCACAGAAUGGUUUGAUCUGAAAGAAGAGCAGAACUAACUGAUCCCUGAGCACUUCACAGCCAAUCGUAAACCUCUUCCUGAAGGUCAUCAGGUCAACAUCGCUGCCAAUGCUUCCCUGCCCUCUUUUUCAUAACUUCACCAACCACACAUUUCCUAUCAACAGAUGAUUUCUGAGUGACUAAUUCAUAUGAGGAAUAUGAAUGAUCCUUGUGAUUUGAACAUAUCAUUGUUGCAUUGACAAAUCAAGGUUAGAGUAUUAUAUCAGAACUGAUCUAUAAAUCGGUGAUAUCUGUAUGUCAGUAUCAGAGAAGUGAAUGUUGUCAGGAAAGGGUCUCAUAUUCCUGUGCAGGUUGCAGGACGUUACAUUUGCGUUUACAUUUAGAAGGAAAGGGAUGUUUUAAAAUGGGUCAUUUUAAGAAUAUAAUUGACAGAACUUUGUGCAAAGUGGUUUUAUUUAGACAGCCUGUAAGAACGUCUACACAUCACCUUAAAAAUAUUUAAGAUGAAUUUUAUGGUGUUAUUAUUGCAGAUCUCCCACUAUAGUGUUGCAAAUAGCUGCUGUUUACACAUCGAUGUGGCUUGUGUAGCUUCUGCAGUCCAUUGUGAUGCCCAAUAUUCAUACACUUAUUUUUUUUACCCAAAAUAUGUUAUUGAAGCUCGUUACAUUUU